AUGUUCGAUACAAUCGUCUCAAAUUGGCCAAGCACGAUGCCAGCGAUUACGUCAGUUUUUCCAGCGUCGUCAACCAUGAGCGUGGAAAAAUUUCAAUUGCAUGUGUUUGAUGAAGUCAGUGCAAGAAUCUCAAAGGUUCGAAUCACGUUGGCUAAUUUGCGUCACCUGUUGCCUCAAAAAGGCAUCUCACUAAAUCUUAAGGGUCGUGUGUGCCAGGCUACAGUAAGGGCUGUGUUAUUGUAUGGAUUUUCGACCGCCGAUGCCUCAGAAACGUGGCUGGUUUUCGAUGGUGUCAGCGUGUUAGUAACGAGGUUAUUAGAAAAUGGGUAUUUGGUUGAGCUGCAGCUAUUUCAAUCCGGGAAGACAUCCAGCAUCACCGAGU